AUGGGUGAUCAUUGCUGUGUAUAAAAGAAGGGGGUAUCUAGGUCAUAAAAUCAUAACUCCAACCAAGUCCUAACCUCGAGUAACCAUCCAACAACCAACCAUCAAAACCAUUCGCAAUGGCAACCUCAGUAGGUUUCACAGGCUACAUCCCCGACGUGGACGACAGCCGCGACCACCAAAUCUCCAUCUCAGACCUCAACCUCGACACCGGCCCCUCCCCCGCUGCUUUCAACAUCUACACCGACAAGUCCUUCAAGGCGCACAUCUACGACCAAGGCAACGUCGGCUCCUGCGUAUGCAACGCCUUCGCUACCGCCUACUCAAUCGCCCUCCAACGCCAAAACACCCACGCCUACUUCACCCCCUCGCGCCUCUUCCUCUACUACCUCGCCCGCCUCUCCCAAGACCCAUCAGCCCCCGCCACCCAACGCAGCACCUGGUUCGAAUCCAUGGCGUCGCAGCCCCCCACGCAGGACAUGCCCCCCGACUGCGGCAGCCGCAACCGCGACGUGUUGCGCGCGCUUUCUGCACUUGGCGCCUGCAACGAAGCGCCAACGCUGUGGACCAACAAGUACGGCGCCAGCGGCCAGUGGCCCUACAUCGACGUCAGCUACUCGCCGAACCAGGAGCCAUGGCAAGUCACACUCAGCGCAGGCGCAGUGAACGGCGAGUUCCCCCCCGGCGCACUAUGCCGUCAAGCUCCCGACGCGCUGUGCUUCGCCAACGCGGUCAAACACCGCACGCUGCGCUACGCACACCCCCAGCCCUGGGACGACGUCAUGUGCUGGAAGAAACUGCUCGCUAAUGGGUAUCCCGUGGUGUUUGCGUUUGAGCUGUUCUACGGGUUUGGCAACUUGGAUGCGAGGGGGGUGGCGCCGACGCCGGGGCCGGGCGAUGCGUAUGAUACGGGACAUGUGGUUGUUGCUGUGGGGUGGGAUGAUGGGAUGGGGAAGGAGGGGUGCUUUAGGGUGCAGAAUAGUUGGGGGGAGGGGUGGGGUGAGGGCGGCUUCUUUUGGAUGCCGUUUGAGUGGUUGGGGAUGGAUAGGCCGGAUCGGCCGGGGUGGAGGCUGCUGCAGGGGGAUAGUAGUGCGUGGGUGUUGAUUGAUAGUUUGGAUGCUGGGAGUGCGUGAGAGAGGGGGACGGAGAGGGAUGGUGGAGAUGUUCGGUGGGAGGAGGUUUGGUAUAGGGGGUGGGGAGCGUGGUGAUGUUCUGUCUGUAUGGAGCCAUCGAAAGUGUGAAAGGAUAAAUGGAAAGCUUAACUAGGAAUAUACACUCUUUUUCGUCGUCA